AUGGACUUUGACGAGUACCGCCGACGAGGCAAGGAGAUGGUAGACUACAUUGCGGACUAUCUGGAGAACAUUCGUGACCGGCGCGUUUUCCCGGACGUGCAGCCAGGCUACAUGCGCAACUUGGUGCCCGAAUCGGCCCCACUCGAUGGCGAACGCUGGGAAAACAUCAUCGGUGACGUCGAACGCGUCAUCAUGCCAGGCGUGACGCAUUGGCAGAGCCCGCACAUGCAUGCCUACUUUCCGGCGCUUAACUCCUUCCCAUCGCUGCUCGGUGACAUGCUCGCUGAUGCCAUCAACUGUCUCGGGUUCACCUGGGCAUCAUCACCAGCCUGCACCGAGCUGGAAUCGAUCGUGAUGAAUUGGUUGGGCAAGAUGAUUGGGCUGCCGGAUGCGUUCCUGCACCUGCCAGGAGUCAGCACCGGUGGUGGCGUCAUUCAAACGACGGCUAGCGAAGCGACACUGGUGUGUUUGUUGGCUGGUCGUACGCUGGCCAUUCGGCGGUUCCAUGAACACACACCCGGACUGCAGGAUGCCGAGAUCAAUGCUCGCCUGGUGGCGUAUUGCUCUGACCAGGCUCACUCCAGCGUCGAGAAGGCGGCCCUAAUCGGCUUAGUGCGAAUGCGCUUCAUCGAGGCCGACGAUCAGCUCAGCCUCCGUGGGGACGCUUUGCGCGAUGCAAUCGAGGAGGACCUCAAGCAAGGGCUGCUGCCGUUCUGGGUCUGCGCCACACUCGGCACAACUGGGGCCUGCGCUUUUGACCAACUGGACGAGAUCGGUGAGGUGUGCGCCCGGUACAACGUCUGGCUGCACGUGGACGCCGCCUACGCCGGCAGUGCGUUCAUCUGCCCCGAGUUUCGGGUGUGGCUGAAGGGCAUCGAGCGGGCGGAUUCGAUCGCUUUCAACCCAUCCAAAUGGUUGAUGGUGCACUUCGAUUGUACGGCCAUGUGGGUCAAGAACAGUGGCGCGCUGCAUCGCACCUUCAACGUGGAGCCGUUGUACCUGCAGCACGAGAACUCGGGUCUUGCCAUCGACUACAUGCACUGGCAGAUCCCGCUCAGUAAGCGUUUCCGGGCGCUGAAGCUGUGGUUUGUGCUUCGCAGCUUCGGCACUCGCGGACUUCAGCGACACAUCCGCGAAGGCGUCCGGUUGGCGCAGAAAUUCGAAGCACUCGUCCUAGCGGACCAUCGGUUCGAAAUUCCAGCCGCACGUCACCUCGGUAUGGUUGUGUUCCGAAUUCGGGGUGAAAAUGAGCUGACGGAGAAACUGCUGAAGCGGUUGAACCAUCGCGGCCGAUUGCAUGCCGUGCCUGCCUCGUUGAAGGGUCGCUACGUCAUCCGGUUCACGAUCACAUCGACGUACACCUCGAACGAGGACAUCCUGGCCGAUUGGCAUGAGAUCCGAACCGUCACCACGGAGCUGCUGACCGAGCUAAACGUGCAGGUGGUUGAUCGAGCACGUGUCCCACUCAAGGAUACGCGCGAGAAAAACGAAGCAUUUGGCUCGAGCCUUCUGCUCGCCAACUCGCCGAUGUCACCGAAGAUCGUGAACGGUUCGUUCGCGGCCAUCUUUGAUGCGGACGAGUUCCUGGCCAAGGUGUACGCCGGCAUACGCAUCUCGAAUCAGGACUCGCCCGCGAUGCGACGCCGUGUCCGUGGUAUCCUGAUGUCCGGCAAACAGUUCUCGCUCGAUUCACGCAUGGACCUAGUCGUGCACGGGCUUGGUACGGGCAGUGAAGCGCGCAACGGCAUCGAGUCUAAGCCCAUCACCGAGGACCUCGAGGAGGUCUGGGAAGCUUGUGAGCAGAUGGAUCUAUCCGAUCAAGAGAAUGCCCCCCACGAGCCGGGGAGCAGCAGCGGAGCGAACCUCCACCAUGCCCCACCACGUCCGGAACCACCCCGCAUCGAACUCCCAACGGUCCUGGCCGUGGAGGGUCCAAUUCGAGGCCGCUCUCAAAGCGUGGACACAGGCAUGGUUCGUGUCCGUGCUAACACCAGCGCCACCGGUUGGCUGCUGGAACGUAUCGAUGCUCCACUGACCCGUUCCGAGCCCUGCUACUCCACCGAUUCCCUCGCCAGCCAGCCCUCGCUCCCAUCGCUCACGCCCCCCAUCGACUCCCCGCCCAGCCAUCCGGCCGCCCCCAGGAUAUCCUGCGAGUCGCAUCUGGACAGCAUCGACGAAAAUCGGCCCUCGGAGCAUUUCCCGCGCAGCAAGCGUCGCUGUUCGGACAAUUCGCAUCUCUUCUCACUGACCCGCCCCAACGUGUACCCGGAAAAGCGCCAAUCAGAACCGGCCAUCCGUUGUGCCUUCUACAACCGUGGCUUUGAUAUGCUUUGCCCGGCUCGGCCUCCACCGCCCAAGCGCGUCCUUUCGCAGAACGACCUACCGCGGGUAGGUUCGCGUGCGGUCGUCCUGCGCCGUCAGGCUUCGACAAUGUCCGAGCUAAAUCGAGAGCCAGCGGAUGGUCGAGACGAGUGGCACGUAGCGGGUCGACAAUUGGCACCUCCGUUCCGGUACUGCAUCGCGGAUGAAUCUGGGCAUUGUAUCGAUUUCGAUACGGUGCUUCCGGCUGGUCGUUCGGGCGCCUCCAUCGAUGAUGAGGCCAUCCUUCGGGACGCUUUGCGCUUCGAGGAAAACUUCGUCGAACGGUGUGACCAGAUUUGUCCCGAACCGGACGCGCUUCGUCUUGAGGCAAUCGAGGAGCGUGUGCUGGACGAGCUGGCCGGUGGUGGUGGUGUGGGUGGUUUGGAUGAUGACCCGAGGGCGCGAGGGCUCGUGGAGAAGCGAUGCGACGACGAGGUCAUCUACGAGAACGUGCGGCAGUGCCGAAAGUGUGGCCACCAGCGAAUCAAAUUAUAA